AUGUCCUUUCAUGGCAGGAAGCGGCGUUCUCAGUGGUUACGCUGGGCUCUCGCAUCUCUCCUUCUCAUUGCCUACAGCCUUGUACUCCUCACAUUGCCGCGUCUUGGGAGCCGCCCAAGUCUUGACCCCUUUCUUACCUACACCCCAGCGAAGGAAGCCAUCAAGUACCAGGUUACAAAAUUCGACGGGAGUCUCGGUCUGCGCACCAAGUACACCGGCCCACCACGCCCGGAGACAGAAGACGCCUGGGGCGCUCUGUUCAAGCACUACAACAUCCGGUUCACCGCGGAUGAGAUCCGCAAGCUGAACCGCAGCGAGGACCCAAAACCCAUCGAGCUGCGCGAGGGGGGGGGGUACUUUGGCCAGCUGAGCGCCUACCACCACCUCCACUGCCUCAAGAUGCUGCGGCUGGUCGUGUGGCACGACGCGUACAACGUCAGCAUCAACGACCUCCGCGGCCACGCGGACCACUGCAUCGACGAUAUCCGCCAGGCCAUCAUGUGCCAGCCGGAUUUGUCGGUCGUGACGUUCUGGUGGCACCCGCAGAAGCGCAAGCCCAUGGCGAAUUUCCAUCUGGACCAGACGUGCGUGGAUUGGGGCAAGCUGGAUGAGUGGGCGGCCAAGAGGUCGUUUUCGAUUUUCGAUCAGAAGACGCUGGUUCAUCCGACACUUGGUAUCUCAUUUCCCAUGGUUAAUGGGGAGAUUGAGGUGCAUGAGAACCCGGAUUUGCCCCCAGUGUGGCCAGAAGAUGCCAGUGAGCACGCUGCCGGUCACGGUGAGCACAAAGCUGAGCAGCCGCAGUACCACGGUGAUCACAAAGAUCACAGCUGGUAGCUUGAGGGAG